AUCCGGGGAAAUAAGCGCUUGUGUCUCACCAAAGAACUCGACUUCAUCUACUCACUUUUUACUGGCAUAGAAGUCUCAGAUAACAAGGAUUCGUGCCAGAGUGAUUGCAUCGGUGGAGCUGUAACCGACGACUAUUUACGAAAUAUGGGAAAUUGCGCUCAUGUGCAUGGAGAUCUCUCCAUCUCUAAUUGGAAAGGGAAACCACAGACAGUUCACGUGCUACGAGGCAUCAAAACCAUCAAAGGGCAACUCAUUAUCAAUAAUAAUCAAGGACUUGGAAAAUUUGAUUAUUUCUCGAGCCUCGAAAAAAUAGAACCACUCAACGGAAAUCAAACAUUUUUGGUCGUCGUCGAGAAUAACCCCGAUCUGACAGCGUUACCAAUGCCCAAGCUCAAGGGCAUCGAAAUAAAAGAAGAUGAUCCACAAGUUAAAUUGGUCAACAAUCCUCUACUGUUCAACAAGUCCCGCACGUUGAUGACAGCAGGACCAGUGACAACAAAAAACCUUGCACGACUAAGAACGUUUGAUUUCGCGUCUCUACCAUCUGACAUUCCCACGAGAAGCCGUGGUGCAGCCGAUAGC